CUCCGGUACUACUCCAACUGUCAAAGAUUCAAAACUCUUAUGGCACAAGCUAAGACAGACUCCAUCCAAGAAGAGUUUUUACCAUACGAAGACCUAGUUGUAAAACUGGAAAAGGAGACUGGAAAGAAUUUUACUGAAAAUCCUACCCUAUUUCAAGCUCUAUUCGACCUCUAUAAAAGUCAGAUAGCUCUAGGCCUGGAUUUACCUGAAUGGGCGAUACCACUGUUACCGAAACUCAGUGCAACAGCGAAGCUUGCAUACAAAUUGUACUUCAGGAAUCAUGAAAUGAAGAAAAUUGGUGGUGGUGUACUGCUGAAUAACUUCAUCAAUAUUGCCAAAGAAAUCGCAUCGGGUUCUCCAGUUUCUCAUCGGCUCCGAAUCUUCUCCGCCCAUGACUUCAACCUUGGUGCUCUGAUGGAAGUUACCAGAACUAUCAAAGAUGACAGUAUACCUGAAUAUGGUUCUGCUUUCAUGUUGGAACUGUACAAGAGUCGGAUUACGGGAGAGUUUAGUAUUUUGCCUAUCUACUUAAAGCAAGCCGGAGAAGUUUCAGAAACCCUGAAAGUUGAAGGUUGCGAACGCUACUGUGAACUAAAUAAAUUUCAAGAAUUGACAAAGGACUUUGUUCUACCUGAACACGAGUUUUACCAGAUAUGUGGCGUUAAAACGGAACUUUAGGCUGUGAACUUAAGUUAAGAGUUCAAAGGUUGACAAGUUAGGUUGUGACCCUCGCCAUGUAGAUGAAUCUAGAUUUCCAAAGUCAAAGGUAACUUGCCCGACAUUUGACGCAAUAAAAUUGAGUUAUUAGAAAAUUCUUAAGUUUUAAAGUAUAAGUAUUUUUUUGUUACCAGCAGCUAAGUCACAGAAGUUGUUUUUUAUAUAAACGUAUAGAUAAUAUUUUUUUCACCUCACUAGCUCGUAAAGGCUUUCUUUCUCAUUAGAAAUCUGCGCGCAAACGCGUUUUUUGCACGCUAGCGUGGAAAAGGUUUUUGAAGUUCGUACUUGUCAAUGGCUAUAGUGCACCCAUUGACUUACAAAUAAAUGGACGAUGGGUCUAAUACAAAAAUCACGAAAAAAAUGUCCCAAGUCAACCUAUUUAAACGUAGUGACAUGUAAAGGAAUA